AUGGCCACCACAGCAGUCAACCCCACCCCUACCCAGACAAAGCUCCAGGUCACUGACGCCGAGGAGCGCGACGGCUUUGUCGAGUACUGCAAGAUGCGCACCUGCGAGCGCAUGGACGCCGAGCGCACCGAUGAACUCGAGGAGGCUGACGUGGACCAGAUGAGGGUUAUCGCUAUCGAGUCCAAGAUCGAGUGGCGUGGUUUCACAGACGAGAUGAAGAUGGUAACUGUCGCCUAUGCUCACCUGGAGUUGCCUCUUCAACGUGACUUCUGGAUCGAGCGCGGAUCUGUCAAGUCCACGUUGGAUGCUUGGGGCACUUUCUUGAAGAUCAAUAACGCUACAGUCCCCGAGGUGCACGCUACAGGACCAGCACGCCCCCCAUCAGACGUUCACCCUCACCACCACUAA